AUGACCGUUCAUCUUUUUGGUAAUGGUCCUAGCCCGGCGAUAGCCACAUUUGGAAUGAGAAAGACAGCGGAAGAAGGAUUGGUGGCUCCGGUCACACUCGUCGGCAAGCUUUUACUGCAAAGGUUGCUUAUUCUGGGAAGAGGAAAAACGAACGACCAGCCUCUUAAAUGGGACGACCCCCUCCCUUCUGAUUUGAACCACCGAUGGCACUGCUGGAAGAAGCAGCUUACUUGCUUACAAAACGUGUCUGCCGAUAGAUGCUACCAUCCUAAGAACUUUGGUUCUGUAGUACGUAACGAGGUUCAUGCAUUCUCCGAUGCGAGCAAGGAGGCGGUUGGAGUGGCAGCGUAUCUGAAGCAAUUCAACCAGAAAGGCGAGGCAAGCGUUAGCCUGGUGUUCGGGCAAGCGAAAGUAGCACCCAUCCAACAGACUAGCAUCCCUCGACUCGAGUUGUGUGCAGCUGUCCUGUCUACAAAAGCCGUAACGAGGUUGCGUAAGGAACUCGAUUUGAAGAUAGACGAUGUUAAGUUCUACACGGACUCAAAGGUCGUCUUAGGGUAUAUCAACAACAAUGCCCGCAGAUUCCAUGUAUAUGUCGCCAAUCGAGUCCAGUCGAUCAGGGACGUAUCAGAGCCACAACAAUGGAACUAUGUCGAUACGUCUACGAAUCCGGCUGAUUUGGCUACCCGUGGCGCAACAGCUAAGGGAUUGGUAGAAUCCGAUUGGCUCAAAGGUCCCUCAUUCUUGAGAACGAUGCUAUCGAACCCGCCACUUAAUGAUGAGGCGGCACCGAACAGGAUAGAUGACAUAACUAUCGAUGAGAAUGAUCCCGAGGUCAGAGUAAGUGUGUAUUCUGCAUGCAAGCUCAACGCCGGAGAGAGGCUUAAGACAGAGCGGUUCGAGCGUUUCUCGGACUGGCUUAAACUCCAACGGGCAGUGGCCGUAUUAAUUACUAAGAUGAAGAAUUGGAAAGCAAGCAAGGAAACACGAAGCCUCAGCAACGGUCGAAGCGUCGAGAACGAUAAUCAACAUGUAACGUCAAGAGAUUGUGGCGAAAGCUCGAAGAUAGCAAUUAUAAAAGCGGUACAGAACGAAGCCUUUGCAGAUGACAUCAAGGUGUUAAAGAGAGAAGACAACAACGAUAUCGAAAGUCGUGAUCAACUAAAGGAGAGACGAAGGACACUUCGUAGGUCUAAUCUCGCUGGAUUAGAUCCCUUCUUAGACCAGAAAGGUAUCCUUCGGGUCGGCGGACGCCUCAAUAGAUCAAGUCUUACGUUUGAAGAGAAACAUCCGGUCCUCCUGCCGAAGAAACAUCACGUCACACAGCUCUUACUCCGUCAUUACCAUGAGAAGGUCACUCACCAUCAAGGACGACAAAUUACGCAUGGGGCAGUGCGACAAGCUGGUUACUGGGUGAUCAAUGGUAACAAAGAAGUAGCAAGAAUGAUUAACGCCUGUGUAACUUGUAAAAAGCUUAGAGGGCGAACGCUCACGCAGCACAUGGCGGACUUACCUGUUGAUCGAGUGGAAGCCCACCCACCGUUUACCAACGUUGGGUUGGACGUUUUUGGUCCAUGGCAGAUUCAAGUCAAGAAACUAAGAGGAAGAGCUGCGAGUGCCAAACGAUGGGGCCUGGUGUUUACCUGUCUCUGUAGCAGAGGAAUACAUAUCGAGAUACUUCAUUCAAUGGACACGAAUUCCUUCAUAUGCGCAUUACGCCGUUUCUUCGCCAUUCGCGGUCCAGCAACCAUUUUAAGAUGCGACUGCGGUACGAAUUUCGUCGGGGCAAAAUCCGAGCUUGAUGGCGCACUGAAAGAAAUGGAUGCAGGACGAAUCGAGAAGUACGUUGUAGAUCAAGGGUGCGAAUGGAAGUUUAAUCCUCCACACGCCUCUCACUUCGGCGGUGUGUGGGAGCGGCAGAUAGGUACGAUACGCAGAGUGUUAAACGCCAUGUUGCUAAAGAUCGGAGCAGCUCAAUUCGACGACGAGUUACUCCUUACGUUAAUGGCAGAAGUUACAGCUAUCGUGAACAACCGACCAAUCGCCACCGUUUCAGCUGAUAUUGACGACCCACUUCCCCUAUCACCGUCGAUGCUCCUUACUAUGAAGCAGAAACCGCUUCUUCCUCCGCCAGGGAUAUUUGUAAGAGAGGAUCUGUAUGCAAGAAAGCGUUGGAGAAGGGUCCAAUACCUCGCGGACCAGUUUUGGUCACGUUGGAAACGGGAGUAUUUGCAAAACCUCCAAACAAGGCCCAAGUGGAACGAGAGAGAAAGAAAUUUAUUCGAUGGAGACGUAGUAUUGGUGAAAGACAAAGAUCUACAUCGUAAUGACUGGUCGAUGGGUAAAGUUAUCGAGAGCAUUAAAAGCGAAGACGGGGAGGCGAGAAAGGCGAAGGUUGCAAUCUUCAAAGAUGGCUGCAAGAAGACUGUAUAUCGUCCAAUCAGUGAACUUGUCCUACUUCUACCGGCUUCAAACGGACUAUGA